AUGGUGAAUCGACCUCUAAAUCACAAUGCAACACCGAAAAGAAGAAGCGAAAACAAUACCUCACGAUGCAUACCUCAAGACAGUGGCGACGGAGAGGUGUUUGAGAUUCACACAAACAUGUAUUCUUCGGAAUUCUUUUUAUCUUAUUCUUCUUCCAUUUCUUACUCUAUUCAUCUACUUCUUCUGCAUCUUUGGUGUACUGCUAUAUUACUGUGCACUUCUGAUGAUGUUGUGAUUGUAUUUGCAGAUGCGGCGAAAGAGGUCGAAGAUGAACGCAGGGGCUCAUCUUGCGAGGACCAGCUUCAACUGGCCUUCUCUGAACUUGUUUAUCAGAUGAACUGCAGUUUGGUUAUCACUAGCAUGCUAGGAUAG